GUUUUGUUCCCUGCAAGCCACAGGCGCGCACAAGAGCGCGCAGGUGCCGGCGCAAUUGUACGCGCAUGCCAAAAGCGAAAUCAGUCGGUUCCCACGUUCCGACCGAUAUGUCCAUAAUGAUAUCUUAGUCGCCACUGGCUGUUUUGUGAUAUACCAAUAGAGUCAAGCUGAGCUGGCGCGGACAUGGACAAACAGGAGUACCUGCAAAGCUUCUAUGGCUACAAAAUACUCGCGCCGGCGGACGUAGGCACGUUGAUGCUGCGGCCGGACCCCGAUGACAAGGAGCGCAUUCAGGCCCUCGUUUCGUGCGAUGGCGAUAUUUACCCGCUCUUCGGCGCCAAUUCGCACACGGACUUUAGGCUUGGCGAGUCGCUCGAGCUGUUCUGGGCAGCUUCUAGUGACGGUGGGCCACGUCUUCGCUUCAAUGCAGACGACAUGGAUAUGACUGAGUCCUGCUGGGACCCCUGGUCGGCCUCGCUGUAUUUGAUUGUAAGAAACGCAGUGCUGCGGAUGCGGGGCGAUGAGCUGGAGCUGGUGGCGGGCAGCAUCGAGGAGGAAGGCGACGAGGACGGCGAGGGUGCAGCGGCCCGCUUUGCACAGCCGAGGGCGAUCGCGGCCGAUGGAGCCGGCAGCCUGCUGCUCGUUGACAGUCGGGGCCAUGACCAAAUCCGCAGGCUGCAGCUGCCAGCGGCCUGGCAGUGCGCGGGUGUUGUCGCUGCCGCUGCGGGCAGCGGCGCGGCAGCAGCGGUUUCCAGAAGCAGCAACACCGAUCGAGCGAUGGCGGGCACGAAUGCUGGCACGGUUGCGGCAGGAGGCGCAGCAGCAGGGGUAAUAAUGGUCACCACGAUGUUGACAAACGUGGGUUCUAUGCUCUUGUGCGUCUCACGCGCACCUCCGCCGCCUCAGCAGCAGGAGCAACCGCCAGCGGUGGCGGCGGCGGCAGGCAAGCGGGGCGCGAGCAGCAGCAGCUGCAGCAGUGGCAGCGGCAGCGCGGGGUGACUUGUGUACGCUGACUCCAAGUU